AUGACACCAGAGCUAUCAUUUCCCAGUUCGCAUGGUCACACAGACUCUCCAACACAACGGCACAUUCGCCUGCAUCCUUCUGUCGAAGCCACUGGUCUUCCGGUCGACAAGAAGUCGGUCGUCGACAUAGCAAACCUGGGUCUAACAGCCAAAAUUGUCGCCGGGAAUGAGAAGGUCCUCGAGACUUCAUCGGGGUUGCGGUUGCCCCAUGGGCCUGCAGUAGUUGAUGGCAUUGCAGAUGCACAUAUCUCAUCUUCAAUCAGGCGAACUACGGACGCCAUUCCCGCUCGCACAAACCCACAAUUUCCGCCUUUACCUGUGUAUGGAUCUUCCAAAUGGUUCAGGUGGGCAGAAGUUUACUUUUUCAGAGUUGUCUCGUUUAUUCUAUCAACAACGUUUCUUCUAAGUAUCGUUUGCGGGGCUAUUUUCAAAACAAUUAAGUUGAGUAUAUAUACUCCGAGGAAAUUGGUAUCCAAGGGCUCUGAAAGGCCACUUAGGGAUCUAGAGAACCAAUUGGAUAUUGACUUGGACCAACAAGAAAAAAAGCACGGGAAACCGAAAUUAAAGUGUGACGUUAGGUACUACGCGACACGGGUGGAACUUGAUAUGGAAGAAUUUAAAGUUACAACAGAAGAUGGGUUUAUACUGGUGCUCCAACAUAUAUUCGACCCUAAGGAUAGAGGAGAUGGAAGAAAUGGAACAAGGCGGAAGUACCCAGUAUUAUUGAUGCAUGGGCUGCUCCAGAGUAGCGGAGCUUUUUGUUCUAACGAUGAUAAUUCACUAGCGUUUUAUCUCUGCAAAAGCGGCUACGAUGUUUGGCUUGGGAAUAACCGUUGCUACUAUAAGCCCGAACACAUGGUUCUAAAACCCUCGGAUCCAAGAAUGUGGUGCUGGAACAUCCGUCAGAUGGGGAUUUUUGACCUUCCCGCAUUCGUCGACUACAUUCUUUCCAGAACAGGGUUUCUAAAGUUAGCCUUGGUAGCCCAUUCGCAAGGUACGACACAAUCGUUCGUUGCAAUGGCAAAAGACCAGCAUCCGACUCUUGGAUCGAAGAUAUCGAUAUUCUGUGCCCUCGCACCUGCUGUUUACUCUGGAUCACUGAUUAAGAUGGCACAUUUUAAAUUUAUGAAGUUGAUACCUGUUGGAAUGUUUAGGAUAGUGUUUGGAAUUCAUUCAUUUAUACCCUUUAUGGUUACUAUGCACAAGAUAGUUCCUGGAAGGCUCUAUGGAUGGCUAGGGUACAGAGUUUUCACAUAUCUAUUUGAUUGGUCAAAUAGUUUAUGGUCAAGAAGACAGAGAAGUCGGGGAUUUAUGUUUUCACCUGUGUAUGUUAGCUCCGAGAGCAUGAGAUGGUGGUUAGGCCGGGAUGGGUUUGCGACUCAUAAGUGUAUACUAGCGACAAGGAAUGAGGUCGAAGACGAAGAACGGAUGAUCGGAUCCUUAAUAGCUACCUCAAGAGGCACAGAUGGCCACGAGAACCGUUUGGAAUCAACAGCCGUCGCAACUACUCGGCCUGUAAUCCAUAAAGGCGAGCAUAAAAUCGAGGCCAGAACGAGCUUGUCGACAAAAACCGAAGCCGUAGACCAAUGUACAUCCAAGUCUCCAACUAUUUCAGAAUCCAAAAAGGAGUGGCAGGAACAAGUAACACGGAUCGAUACAUCCCCACUCUCCGAGAAGAAGCCGCCAGCGAACAAUGGGAUAUUAUUCCCAAAAGAAACCCAUCAGAAGGGAGGGAGUGGUACGUCAACUGUAUGUUUUUCUGAGGCGGCACCCGGGGGUUCUCGAAUACAACCUUCAGUACAAGAGGAAGGUUUGCGUGCACGUACGGUAUCUACAGAGCUCCGGGAAAGGGCAUGGUUCGAUAGUAGCUUCCCACCGUUGGCUCUUUGGAUCUGUGGCUCCGAUAAGUUGGUGGACGGCAUGAAACUUUUACAACGGUUUGAGAGGGGCGCGGAACCAGAUGUGAACCUCAUUCAUUCCAAGGUUAUUCCAGCAUACGAGCAUCUCGAUUGUAUAUGGGCCAUUGAUAACAUUCACCAGGUGGGGAGUGAGGUAAAAAGUUGUAUAUGGGAUACUAUAGACGAAGCUUCCAAGGAAACUAUGAAUUUGCAAAUACCAACAGGCUACGAAAGCGUGGGUGUCUGA